GGUGCAUGCGCACAGCCCCGGCUGCUCGCCCGCCUCACCUGCAGGGAGGGGCCGCACGAAAUCCGCCCGCCCAGUGCCCGGCCUCCCCACCUCGCCAGAGCCCAGCUGAACAGCCAGCGAGGACUCGCACCUGCCGCCCGCCUGCCGCCCGCCUGCCGCCCGCCUGCCACCCGCCUGCCGCCCGCCUGCCGCCCGAAGCCCAGCCCGAGCCCGCACCUGCCUUCACGACCAUGUUCAAGGGGCUGAGCAAAGGCUCCCAGGGGAAGGGGUCCCCCAAGGCCUCCCUGGCCAAAGACUCCCCCAAGGGGUCCCCAAACAAGCACAGCCGAGAUGCCACCAAGGAGCUGGCCCUGCUCAUCUCUCGCAUACAGGCCAAAGCCGACCAGGUGGAGAGGGACAUCCUGGAGACCCAGAAGAAGCUGCAGCAGGACCGGCAGCAUCGCGAACAGGGCCAGGCCCUGCAGCACCGGGAGGAGGCGGGCCGUAGCCUGAAGGAGGCCGAGGAGCUGCUGAAGGGCCUCUUCCUGGACGUGGACAAGGCCCGGCGGCUCAAGCACCUGCAGGCCGAGGAGAUCGAGAAGGACAUCAAGCAGCUGCACGAGCGGGUGACCCAGGAGUGUUCCGAGUACCGCGCCCUGUAUGAGAGGAUGGUGCUGCCGCCUGACGUGGGGCCCAGGGUCGACUGGGCACGGGUGCUGGAGCAGAAGCAGAAGCAGGUCUGUGAGGGCCAGUACGGGCCAGGCAUGGCGGAGCUGGAGCAGCAGGUCGCCGAGCACAACAUCCUGAAGAAGGAGAUCGAGGCCUAUGGGCAGCAGCUGCGGAGCCUCAUAGGGCCGGACACGGCCACCAUCCAGAGCCAAUACCAGGAUCUCCUGAAGGCAGCCUCGUGGCGAGGGCAGAGCCUAGGCAGCCUGUACACGCACCUGCAGGGCUGCACGCGCCAGCUGAGCGCCCUGGCCCAGCAGCAGCAGCGCAUCCUGCAGCAGGACUGGAGCGACCUCAUGGCAGACCCCGUGGGCGUGCGGAGGGAGUACGAGCACUUCAGGCAGCACGAGCUGCUGAGCCAGGAGCAGUGCGUGAACCAGCUGGAGUAUGAGGGGGAGCACAUGGUGGAGCUCGGGCACCCGGCCGUGGGGCCCAUCCGGGCCCACCAGGAGGCCCUGAAGUUGGAGUGGCAGAACUUCCUGAACCUGUGCAUCUGCCAGGAGAGCCAGCUGCAGCACGUGGAGGGUUACAGCCGGUUCCAGGAAGAGGCCGACUCUGUCAGCCAGACCCUGGCAAAGCUCAACUCCAGCCUGGACACCCAGUACAGCCCUGCCCCGGGGGGCCCACCUGGCGCCCCAACAGAGCUGCUGCAGCUGGAGGCAGAGGAGAAGCAGCUGGCUGUGGCCGAAAAGACUGUUGGGGACCUGCAGCUGCGGAGCCGGGAGGUGGCCCCUCUGCCGCAGCGCAGGAACCCACCCCAGCAGGCCCUGCACGUGAACAGCAUCUGUGACUGGGACACGGGAGAAGUGCAGCUGCUCCAGGGUGAGCAAUAUACGCUGAUAGACAACACUGACUCGCACACCUGGGUGGUCCAGGGCCCGGCAGGCGAGACCAAACGUGCCCCAGCCGCCUGCUUCUGCAUCCCAGCUCCGGACCCUGAAGCUGUGGCCAGGGCCUCCAGGCUGGCCUCGGAGCUGCAGGCCCUGAAGCAGAAACUGACCACAGUCCAGAGCCGCCUGAAGGCCAGUGCUGCGGAGCCCUUACGGCCUAGCCAGAAGGGUACCGAGGGCUGGCCAGGCAACAGGGGGAGGCACUACUGGGACAGAGGGAGUAGACUCGACUCCGGUCACUCUCCAACCAGCUCAGCUCCAGCUGACCCACAGGCCCAGAAGCUCCUGACACAGAUGACCCGGCUGGAGGAGGACCUGGGGCAGAUAGAGAAGCAGGUGCUGACCUGGAUCCGGGCCCCGCUGAGCCGCACCACACCACUGGAGGACCUGGAGGGCCGCAUCCAAAGCCACAAGGGCAUGGCCCAGCGGCUGCAGAGCCUGGGAGCAGAGAAGGCGGCAGCCCAGCAGGAGUGUGAGGCGUUUCUGUCGGGGCAGCCUGCGGGCCCCGCCACCCUGCACCUACCCGUGGCCCUCAGCAACGUCAAGAACAAGUACAGUGACGUGCAGGUUCUCUGCAGACUCUACGGGGAGAAAGCCAAGGCUGCCCUGGGUCUGGAGCGGCAGAUCCGGGAUGCGGACAGGGUCGUCCGAGGCUUCGAGUCCACCCUGGUGCAGGAGGCCCCCAUCCCUGUAGGCCCAGGCGCGCUGCAGGAGAGGGUCAGCGAGCUGCAGCGCCAGCGGAGGGAGCUGCUGGAGCAGCAGGCCUGCGUGCUGGGGCUGCAGCGCCAGCUGAAGGCCGCCGAGCACACGUGCAGCGCGCUGCACAGCAAUUUCCACGAGUUCUGCCAAGACCUGCCGCGCCAGCAGCGCCAGGUGCGGGCCCUCACGGACCGCUACCACUCCGUGGGUGACCAGCUGGACCUGCGGGAGAAGAUGGUGCAGGACGCUGACCUCACCUACCAGCAGUUCAAGAGCUGCAGGGACAACCUGAACUCCUGGCUCGAGCACCUGCCCCGCAACGAGGUGCGGCCCAGAGACGGGCCCAACCAGAUUGCCUACAAGCUGCAGGUGCAGAAGAGGCUGCUGCAGGAGAUCCAGGGCCGAGAGCAGGACAGGGCCAAGGCAUCCCGCCUCUCCCAGCACCUGCAGGCGGCCCUCCAGGACUAUGAGCUGCAGGCAGACACCUACCGCUGCUCCCUGGAGCCCACCCAGGCGGGGGCGGCCCCCAAGACACCCCGAGUGGCUCCCCUGCAGGAGACCAUCCAGGCCCAGGUGAGCCGGGGCUCUGUAUUCCUCAUUCCUCAACACCGCCGCCGCUGGGCUCCGCAGCCUCUGAGGCAGGAGCUGACACCGCCCUCCCCAACCUCCCUGUGGCCUCUCCAGGAGAAGGACCUGAUGAAGGCCUACGCUGAAGUUGCAGCCGCGCACCAGCAGCAACUGCGCCAGCUGGAGUUUGCCGGAAAGAUUCUGGAGAAGAAGGAGCUCAGUGAGGACAUCCAGGUGACCCAUGACGCACGGCAGGGGUCCGAGAGCCCAGCCCGAGCCCGGAGAGAGUCAGAGGCCCUGAAGUCCCAGCUGGAGGAGGAGAGGAAGCGGGUGGCCCAGGUGCAGCGCGAGCUAGAGGAGCAGAGGAGCCAGCUGCUGCAACUGAAGACCCAGCAGCCCUUGGAGAAACUGGAGGAGAAGGAAGUGGUGGAGUUCUCCCGGGACCCCCAGCUGGAGAGCACCCUGUCCAGGGCGAAGUCCCAGGUGGAGGACGAGGGCAAGAAGCGGGCUGGCCUGCAGGCAGAUCUGGAGGCGGCGGCCCAGAAGGUCGUGCAGCUAGAGAACCAGAGGAAGGCCACGCAGCCUCACCUGCUGACCAAGGAGGUCACCCAGAUCGAGAGGGACCCUGGCCUGGACGGCCAGGCGGCCCAGCUCAGCAGCGAGAUCCAGCUCCUGCGGGGGGAGAACACCGCCGUCUUGGCCCAACUGGAGGCGCUGAAGAUGGAGCUGCUGGCCCUUGAGCAGAAAGAGGCGAACGUGAAGGAGAAGGUCGUGGUGAAAGAAGUGGUCAAGGUGGAGAAGGACCUGGAAAUGGUCAAGGCAGCCCAGGCCCUGAGGCUGCAGAUGCAGGAGGACGCGGCGCAGAGGAAGGGGGUGGAGGCAGCCGUGGCCGGGCUGCAGGCUCGCAUCGCGGAGCUGGAGCAGGCGAUCCGCGCCGUGCAGCCGAAGGUGAUCGUGAAGGAGGUGAAGAGGGUGGAGCAGGACCCAGGCCGCCUCCGAGAGGCGUCCAGGCUGAGGAGCCUCCUGGAGGCGGAGAGGCAGGAGAACGAGGCGCUGGCCGGGGAGCUGAAGGAGCUGCGCGGCAAGCACAGCGUGGAGGAGAAGCAGAAGCCCAGGGUGGACCUGCAGGAGCGUGUCCACGAGAUCUUCCAGGUGGAUCCGGAGACGGAGCGGGAGAUGGCGCGGCUCAGGGCCGAGCUGCAGGAGACCGCCCGCAAGAGGAGCGGCGUGGAGGAGGCGGCGGCGCGGCUGCUGCCCGAGCUGGUGGCCCUGCGGGCGCAGAAGCCCGUGGUGGAGUACAAGCAGGUGACGCAGGAGGUGGUGAGGCACGAGAGGAACCCGGAGGUGCUGCGGGAGAUGGACCACCUGAAGGCCCAGCUCAACGAGCUGGUCAACGGCAGCGGGCGGGCCCAGGAGCAGCUCAUCCGGCUGCAGGGGGAGCGCGACGAGUGGAGACGGGAGCGCUCCAAGGUGGAGACCAAGACGGUGAACAAGGAGGUGGUGCGCCACGAGAAGGACCCGGUCCUGGAGCAGGAGGCCGAGCGGCUGCGCCGGGAGGUGCGGGAAGCGGCCCAGAAGCGACGGGCGGCUGAGGACGUGGUCUACGAGCUGCAGAACAAGUACCUGCUGCUGGAGAGGAGGCGGCCCGAGGAGAAGGUGGUGGUGCAGGAGGUGGUGGUCACCCGGAGGGACCCGAAGCUCCGCGAGGAGCACGGCCGGCUGAGCCGGAGCCUGGAUGAGGAGGCGGGCCGGCGGCGGCAGCUGGAGCGGGAGGUGCAGCAGCUGCGGGCCGCCGUGCAGGAGGACGAGGGCCUGCUCAGCUUCCCGGAGGAACGCGGCAAGAAGCUGGCUGUGGAGCGGGAGCUGCGGCAGCUGACCCUGAGGGUCCAGGAGCUGGAGAAGCGGCCUCCUGCAGUGCAGGAGGUCAUCGUGGAGGAGGUGGUCCAGCUGGAGAAGGACCCGGAUCUGGAGAAGUCGGCGGAAGGCCAGCGGCGGGACCUGGACCAGGAGAAGACCCAGGUGACCGAGCUGCGUCGGGAGUGCGAGAACCUGCAGGUGCAGAUCGACGUGCUCCAGAAAACCAAACUGCAGGAGAAGACCAUCUACAAGGAAGUGAUCAGGGUGGAGAAGGACCCGGUCCUGGAGGGAGAGCGUUCCCAGGUGUGGGAGAUGCUCAACAGGGAGCGCGCAACCCGGCAGAGCCGGGAGGAGGCGGCGAGGCGCCUGCGGGAGCAGAUAGACCGGGCGGAGGCGCAGAGGAGGACCUGGUCGCGGGAGGAAGCCGAGCUCCAGAAGGCCCGGGACCAGAGGAGCCAGGAGUGCAGGCAGCUGCAGGAGGAGCUGCAGGAGCUGGAGAGGCAGAAGCAGCAGAAGGUGCUGAGCCUGCAGGAGGAGUCGAAGCUGCUCAGCCGGAAGACAGAGCGCGAGCGGCAGGGGGCAGCCCAGCGGGGCCAGGAGCUCUCGCAGCUCGAGACGGCCAUCCUCCGCGAGAAGGACCAGAUCUACGAGAAGGAGAGGACCCUCUGGGACCUCCACACCAAGGUGAGCCGGGAGGAGCUCAACCAGGAGACCCAGACGCGAGAGACCAACCUCUCCACCAAGAUCUCCAUCCUGGAGCCCGAGACGGGGAAGGGCCUGUCCCCGUACAAGGCCUACAAGUGGGGCAUCAUCGACCGAGGCCAGUACCUCCAGCUGCAGGAGCUCGAGUGUGACUGGGAGGAGGUCACCACCUCGGGUCCCCAUGGGGAGGAAUCUGUGCUCCUGGACCGCAAGAGCGGCAAGCAGUACUCCAUCGAGGCCGCCCUGCGCUGCCGGCGCGUCUCCAAGGAGGAGUACCACCUCUACAGGGACGGCCAUCUCCCCAUCAGCGAGUUCGCCCUGCUCGUGGCCGGGGAGACCAAGCCCUGCUCCUCCCUCUCCAUGGGCACCAUCAUCUCCAGGUCCCCGCUGGCCUCCCCGGCCGCCCAGAGCACCAGAUUCUUCUCUCCCGGCUCCUCUCUCGGCUUCUCUCUCAGGCUCAGCGAGGACAGCUUCCCCAUCGCCGGCGUCUACGACACAACCACGGACAACAAGGUCACCAUCAAGACGGCCGUGGCCAAGAACAUGCUGGACCCCAUUACCGGGCAGAAGCUGCUGGAGGCGCAGGCAGCCACAGGGGGCAUCGUGGACCUCCUCAGCCGGGAGCGCUACUCCGUACACAAGGCUGUGGAGAGGGGGCUGAUUGAAAACAGCUCAGCGAAGAAGCUGCUCAAUGCCCAGAAGUGCUUCACCGGCAUCGAGGACCCCGUCACCAAGAAGAGGCUGUCGGUGGGUGAGGCCAUUCAGAAGGGCUGGAUGUCCCAGGAGAGCGUGCUCCCACACCUGUGGGUGCAGCACCUGACCGGAGGGCUCAUCGACCCCAAGAGGACGGGCCGCAUCCCCACGGCGCAGGCCGUGCUCUCCGGCAUGAUCAGUGAAGAGCUGGCCCAGCUCCUGCAGGACGAGGCCAGCUACGAGAAGGAUUUGACAGACCCCAUCUCCAAGGAACGGCUGAGCUACAAGGAGGCCAUGGGGCGCUGCCGGAAGGACCCCCUGAGCGGCCUGCUGCUCCUCCCAGCCUCGCUGGAGGGGUACCGCUGCUACCGCUCGGCCUCCCGCACGGUCCUGCGCUCCCUGCGCUGAUGGGGGCCAAAGCGGUCACAGGAGCGCGUGUGCGCGGGGAGGUAGGAUGCAUGCACCCCUGGCCCCAGAGCAGCCCAACCCGAGAGGGUGGGUCUUCCCUCUGUCUGACUCCCGGUGUUGGGCUCUCUCCCCUGACCUGGAUGGAGAUGAGCAGCUCUGUUUUCCUCCCUCUUCCCUCAACCCAGUGCUUCCAAUAAACGAAUUCUCCUGG